AUGUCGCAGCCGACCAGCAAGAAGUUUGGCAAGUCGACCCGGGAGGUCCCUCACCACUCCCAGAAGGCCCAGAAGUGGUACCCUGCCGACGAUGAGUCCAAGCCCAAGACUGUCCGCAAGUCUAUCCGCGCUUGGGCUCCUCGCAAGUCCCUCCAGCCCGGUACCGUCCUGAUCCUGCUCGCUGGCCGCUUCCGUGGCAAGCGUGUCGUCCUCCUCAAGACUCUCGAGCAGGGUGUCCUCCUCGUCACCGGCCCCUUCAAGAUCAACGGUGUCCCCAUCCGCAGAGUCAACUCCCGCUACGUCAUUGCCACAUCCUACAAGAUCGACCUGGCUGGCCUCGACUCGGCAAAGAUUGACGAGAUCGCAUCGGACAAGUACUUUGCCCACGAGAAGUCCAAGGACAAGGCUGGUGAGGAGGCCUUCUUCAAGCAGGGAGAGAAGCCACAGAAGAAGGAGAUCAGCAGCAGCCGAGCUGCUGACCAGAAGACUGUCGACAAGGCCCUGCUCGCCAACAUCAAGAAGGUCGACUUCCUUGCCAGCUACCUGGCCAGCUCCUUCAGCCUGCGCAAGGGUGACAAGCCCCACGAGAUGAAGUGGUAG